AGAGCGAGACUCAGAGGCUCCGAACUCGCCGGCGGAGUCGCCGCGCCAGAUCCCAGCGGCCGGGCGCGGGCACCGGGGCGCGGGCAGGGUUCGGAGGCACCGCGCAGGUCCCAGGGCCGAGGCCGGGCCCCGCCACGCGCGCACACGCCCCUCGAUGACUUUCCUCCGGGGCGCGCGGCGCUGAGCCCGGGGCGAGGGCUGCCUUCCCGGAGACCCGACCCGGGCGGCGCGGGGCGCCCGCUCCUCCCGUGCCUCCGCCCGCUGCUCCGCUCCCCGCCGCCGCCGCGCGGAUGCCAAGCACCAGCUUUCCAGUCCCUUCCAAGUUUCCACUUGGCCCUGCGGCUGCGGUCUUCGGGAGCGGAGAAACUUUGGGGCCCGCGCCGCGCGCCGGCGGCACCAUGAAGUCGGCAGAGGAAGAACACUAUGGCUAUGCGUCCUCCAACGUCAGCCCUGCCUUGCCGCUCCCCACAGCACACUCUACCCUGCCGGCCCCAUGCCACAACCUUCAGACCUCCACACCGGGCAUCGUCCCGCCGGCGGAUCACCCCUCGGGGUACGGAGCAGCUUUGGACGGUGGGCCCACGGGCUACUUCCUCUCCUCCGGCCACGCCAGGCCAGAUGGGGCCCCUGCCCUGGAGAGUCCUCGCAUCGAGAUAACCUCAUGCUUGGGUCUGUACCACAACAACAACCAGUUUUUCCACGAUGUGGAGGUGGAAGAUGUCCUCCCCAGCUCCAAACGGUCCCCCUCCACGGCCACGCUGAGUCUGCCCAGCCUGGAGGCCUACAGAGACCCCUCGUGCCUGAGCCCGGCCAGCAGCCUGUCCUCCCGCAGCUGCAACUCAGAGGCCUCCUCCUACGAGUCCAACUACUCGUACCCGUACGCGUCCCCCCAGACGUCGCCAUGGCAGUCUCCCUGCGUGUCUCCCAAGACCACGGACCCUGAGGAGGGCUUUCCCCGCGGGCUGGGGGCCUGCACGCUGCUGGGUUCCCCGCGGCACUCCCCCUCCACCUCGCCCCGCGCCAGCGUCACUGAGGAGAGUUGGCUGGGUGCCCGCUCCUCCAGGCCCGCGUCCCCGUGCAACAAGAGGAAGUACAGCCUCAACGGCCGGCAGCCGCCCUACUCACCCCACCACUCGCCCACGCCGUCCCCGCACGGCUCCCCGCGGGUCAGCGUGACGGACGACUCGUGGUUGGGCAACACCACCCAGUACACCAGCUCGGCCAUCGUGGCCGCCAUCAACGCGCUGACCACUGACAGCAGCCUGGACCUGGGUGACGGCGUCCCUGUCAAGUCCCGCAAGACCACCCUGGAGCAGCCGCCCUCGGUGGCGCUCAAGGUGGAGCCCGUCGGGGAGGACCUGGGCAGCCCCCCGCCCCCGGCCGACUUCGCGCCCGAAGACUUCUCCUCUUUCCAGCACAUCAGGAAGGGCGGCUUCUGCGACCAGUACCUGGCGGUGCCGCAGCACCCAUACCAGUGGGCGAAGCCCAAGCCCCUGUCCCCUGCGUCCUACAUGAGCCCAACCCUGCCCGCCCUGGACUGGCAGCUGCCAUCCCACUCGGGCCCGUACGAGCUUCGGAUUGAGGUGCAGCCCAAGUCCCACCACCGAGCCCACUACGAGACGGAGGGCAGCCGGGGGGCCGUGAAGGCGUCGGCUGGAGGACACCCCAUCGUGCAGCUCCAUGGCUACUUGGAGAGUGAGCCGCUGAUGCUGCAGCUUUUCAUCGGGACGGCGGACGACCGCCUGCUGCGCCCGCACGCCUUCUACCAGGUGCACCGUAUCACGGGGAAGACCGUGUCCACCACCAGCCACGAGGCCAUCCUCUCCAACACCAAAGUCCUGGAGAUCCCACUCCUGCCGGAGAACAGCAUGCGAGCCGUCAUUGACUGUGCUGGAAUCCUGAAGCUCAGAAACUCCGACAUUGAACUUCGGAAAGGAGAGACGGACAUUGGGAGGAAGAACACACGGGUACGGCUGGUGUUCCGUGUUCACGUCCCGCAGCCCAGCGGCCGCACGCUGUCCCUGCAGGUGGCCUCCAACCCCAUCGAAUGUUCCCAGCGCUCGGCCCAGGAGCUGCCUCUGGUGGAGAAGCAGAGCACAGAUAGCUACCCGGUCAUGGGCGGAAAGAAGAUGGUCCUGUCCGGCCACAACUUCCUGCAGGACUCCAAGGUCAUUUUCGUGGAGAAAGCGCCAGAUGGCCACCACGUCUGGGAGAUGGAAGCGAAAACCGAUCGUGACCUAUGCAAGCCGAAUUCUCUGGUGGUUGAGAUCCCGCCGUUUCGGAAUCAGAGGAUAACCAGCCCUGUUCACGUCAGUUUCUACGUCUGCAACGGGAAGAGAAAGCGAAGCCAGUACCAGCGUUUCACCUACCUUCCCGCCAACGUCCCCACCGUGGGUUUGAGCAGCACCGAGUUUAGCACAGAUCACGCGUCUCAGAGGCAGAAGAAGGGGUGUGUGGGGAGCAUGCCUGCCCUUCACAGGCGGGAGGUGGAGGCCCCCAGGACCAUGGCCACAGCAUGAAGCCGGUGGGGUUGAGCCGCUCCUGCUACCUCCUGUCCACACCCCACCUGGCAGCCGGCCGUCCUGUCCUACCAGCCGCGCUUCUGCCUCGGUCAGCCUCAGCUCCCCUCUCAGCUCCGUGCCCGGCGUGGACGUCUCUCCUGGACCCCCGCCCAGUGUCCCGGCUGCACCCUCCACCCACCAUCUGCCCCAGCAUGGCUCAACACAGGCCAGGUUCCCCAGGCUCGCCCUGGGCACCAGCCUUCGCCCGUCCUCCCUCUCUUUGCCUCUGUCGUCUCUCCUCUCCUGGACGUAGCGCCAUAGUCCCUGGGUGACCAUCCCAGGCCCCCACGAGUACACUGACCAGGCCUCCAGGGACUCCCCGGCUCCCUGUCACCCCACCUGGUCCUGAGGGCUAUGACCACAACUUGCACCAGACUGUGAGCCCCUCAGGCAGAGCCCCCAGGCUGCCGCAGGGCGAGAUCCCCGGUGUUGACACUGUGCCUACCUCGAGGCCACUGUCAUUGUGGUUCUUAAAUAAAUAAACGAAUGAAUGGAAACCAGCACCCACGUAUCCGUGUUCCGUCCGGCGUCCCCGCUGCACCUCCUGCCCCUGCAACCCCGGCUGGGUCUGAGGACGCCAAGGCCACUCCAGGACCUUCAUCCUCCGUGCUGUGCAUCUGUGUCUUGGGGUCCAGCUCGGAUGGCUUCUUCCACGGGGUCUGAGAGAUAGUUGCCAGCUCUGCUUCCGCAAGACCUGGAGUGGAGGCAGGACGGGUGGGUGUGGGUGGAGGACAGCAGGUUAGCAAGCCGCGGCCAGACUCAAAGCUUCUCUUGGUUUACUUUUUCCCUUUUCCACACUGUUGUGUGGGGGGUUGUUCGCAUUCUAGGUUUCCACUGUGCCAGUGAGCUUCGGGUCUGUGCGCCCGGGGGUCACGGCGGUGAGGGGCAGACUCUUGGGGUCGUGAAAUGUGCUGUUGAAAUGCACAAGAUGACAAAAAUGAACCCACUUAAACUCCAGCUGUGGAAUUCCUUUCAUGUACACAUUUGUAAAAUCAAGUCUCAUUUUAGGUUUUCCUUCAAAAUUGCCAUCCCCACAGGCAGGACAGGGAGGCAGCGCGGGGAGGCUGCACGGGGGGAGGUGGCGCAGGGAGGCGGCCCAGGGAGGCCGUGACCUGGCGUCUCUCCUUUCAAGUCAGAAGGUCUCAGCGGUCAGCCUUCGGGAAUCACGCAUCUGAGUGCAGAGGGCCCCGGGCUCAGGUGGGGCUGAGCCUUUGGUUGAUGGUCUGUGAUGGGGCCCAGAGGGAGAGUUCUCUUCACCCUCCCUAGCGGGACCAGGCGUUAAAUGGGGAAGAGUUCCCACCAGAAUGUAUCAGUUCCAUGAACGGAGCGGGCACAGACCUCGAGGAGUCCUGCCGGCCGCCCCUCCUGACAUCCCAGGGUGCUGCCCGGUGAGCAAAGUGAAGAGGUCGUCUGCAAUUAAAGAGGCUGGAACACACGCGCCCACAGAGAGGCUUCCUGAGCAGCUUGUCUGUCACUGUUUUUGUUUAACUGCGGCCUGAAUGUAAUCCCCCGGAAGGCUUGUUAGGAGGGCUGAGGGAUGAUCUGCUACCAGGAAGCUUCGCAGUUCCAAGAGGUGAUUCCAAAAUGUCAGCAUUGUAGGUGGAGAGAGGCGAGCCCGGAACAUGGGGACCCUGCCCAGGUCUGGUUAGAAGGCGGCGUCCGCGUGGCCUGAAGCUUGCGUGAGGGGUGCACUUACACCCCCAGAUAGGAGCAGGCAGUGUGGGGCCACGGGCACUUUGGAGAAAGAAAACCAAGUUACAAACUCCAAAUUACCUGCCAAAGUCAGUAUUUUUUUAAACAAGAAAAUAAAACAUGACAAAUCACCGGGCCUUGUCAGGUCUUUUUGUCUGAAGUCGUUUUAGUCGGUUACCUGGAAAUGCUUCCAGGGCCCCAGGGCUGGGGACAUGGAGCUCUUCCCCCAGCAGUGCCGAGGAGAAGCUGCUCCCAGCCCCAGGUCCCCGUGGGAACACACAGCCAGCCCUGCCUCUGUGGGGGUCCCUUUGGUGGCCAGAGCCCCCUUCCUCGGGAUACGCGGUCCAGCUGAGGGUCAUCCGGUGACAGGGAGUGGCUGCUGUGAUAAUCCAGGCUCAGAAACAGCUUUGACCACAGAACGCGAUGUCCGGGGUGCGAGGGCGUCGGGACGGAUCUGCCUCGGGAUCUGGGGGUCUCUCACGGGGGAUGGGCAUGGGCCCCAAGACCAGACAGGAGCCAGCUGGAGACUCAAAUGUCACGAAGAACGGUAGAUGCGCUUCCCGCCCCCGUUACUCACCAGCCGCUCUGCUGGCCCUGCCACGAUGACCUAGGCCUGAGAAUCUUUCUGCCUCAAGGGGUAGAAAGGGGAAUAGAUUCCAUUACUUCCCUGUUUGCAAUGGAUUAUUAAAUCUAGCAAUAGCUGUGGCAUUGGCGAGGUGUUGGUACAAAGGGAGCCGGGGUCCUGUGGCCUUGGGUCCACCCCAGUGAAAGUCAUUGGAGGGAGCUGCUCAGGGAGUGAGCCAUGGGGUGGGGGAGGCUGUGAAACUGAGGUCCCCGUGCACAGAGCGCACCACCCAGGGUCAACAGCUGGGGGCGUGUCUCCGCUGGCACUUCCCAGGCCACAGAACCGGCCCCUCUAGGAAGCCUCCUCCAGAUGGCGUGGCCCAGGCCCUCAGUAAGCUCAGCUGGGGCUGCGUGAGCUGAGGGGCUCAGAGCACCCUGCAAGGGAUCCUCCUGGUUGCAGACAAGCAGUCCUGGGCCACCGCCCGACCUCCACGCCCUCCUGCUCAGCCCAGCAGCCUCCCCUUCCCAGGGUUUUCCCAUUCUGCCUUUUCCCUGGACUUCCCGACUCACUUUGUCCAAGUCCACUGCACGUAAAGCUUGAUCCUGAGACAGUGAAGUUCGUGAGGUCUCUGCAGAUGCUCAGCGGCCCCAAAUCGCGCUUUCGUUGCCACUGGCCAACAGCACAGCCUGGGUGGGCCUUGAACACCUGUGGCCUCUUCCUCUCCCCUCCCCUCACUUGUAGGCACCCUGGGGCUGGGCCUGAGCUCGGCUCUCACUGCAAAGUGAACCUGCCCAUUUCAGACACCCAGGCAUGGCUCCCAUGUUCCCUCAUCUGAUCCCGCCAUCAUGGCAGCUGCCUCCCAGCUCCUGACAACGUCAGGUCAGCCCUGGCCUCGCGGUGCUCUGGGUUUCAGCCUUGAGAUGCUUUCCGUGUGUCGGCUGUGGGCGCCUUGAUGCACCAGGGCCUGGUCGCAGGUUCUUAAAGCAGAGAUUCUGCUGGCACCCCUUGUGCGCCCUCCAAGGGCCUAAAACGCAGACGACCCACACUCCGUGCCCCGUCCUGCGCAGGAACCAGGGUGGCCUCCCCUUUCUGCAGCUUGUAGGGGUCAAGCCGGGCCCCCCACACUGAUGUUUCAGCCCAGCUCUGCCCCAGCUUCGAAGUCCUACCUGAUUUCAAACAGAGCAGAUGAUACUGACAUUUCCAGCCCGCGGUGUGGCCUGCGCCGCGC